UUACAAAUAAUCAGACGACCUGAUGAGACUAACCUACCAGCAGGGCAUGAAAGUUAGAUAACCAUGUCUACAGUCGGCGCAUUCGUUGACGCGCAGCAGAACGAUGACGACGCUGCUGAGAACUUGCACGUUAAUUAGGUUAUUGUUUAUACUCGUGACUGCUGGCCAGCAAAAAGUGCAAGCUGGCAAUGUGUUGGCCGUGUUUCCGCACUUCGGAUUCAGCCACUUUAAGGUUGUGCAGCCCAUCUUGGACGCGUUGGCGGCUGCGGGACACAAGGUGACGGUCAUAUCGUAUGUGAAGAAUCAGAACUUGCACGAGAACUACGAGCAGUUGCUGAUCUCGCCCUUGGACGAGGAUCAGACGAAUACGACAAUCAAUGUGGUGCCAUUGACGGAACACACGCCCACACGCUCGCUUCCCAUACUGCUCAAAGAGUACUGGGACCUGCACGUGGAGGGUCAGCAUACUUGUGAGCUGCUCUUUGCCAGCGGCCAUGUUGAAAAGGUGCUGCAACGACAUCGCCAGGAACAGCCCUACGACGUACUCUUCACCGAGUACUUCAAUGCCGACUGCCAACUGGCAAUUGCGCAGCAACUUCAGCUGCCGAUCGUAGCCCUCAGCACGUGUACUCUGAUGCCAUUCUACUACGAUCGCAUCGACCUGCCUGAUACGCCCGCAUUUGUGCAGUCGGAGUUCGUCGGCUUUGCGCAGCCACUCAAGUGGCACGAACGUUUGCUAAACUUUGUGCAGGCCAAGCUACUGAAGCUUCUCUAUCGCCAUCACUCGAAUCGUGUGGACAACGCGCUAGUGAAGCGUUACCUAAACAUCGACGUAGAUGUGGCGGCAGUGGCGCAUGCCCAGACGGCCGUCAUCUUUGUAAACCAGCACUACACGUUGAUGGGCAGUCGCCCGCGCACCCGCCAGCUCGUGGAGGUGGGGGGCGUGCACAUAUCCCAGAAGCAGAGCAAGCCACUGCCCGAACUUAUCUCCAGAUUUCUGCAACAAUCGCCGCUGGGCGUCAUCUACAUCAGUUGGGGCUCCAUGGUGCGUGCCUCCAGCAUUGGUGGCGACAAGCUGGCUGACAUACUGCAGGCGCUUCAGCAGCAACCGCUGCGUGUUAUCUGCAAAUGGGAGACGGAUCAGACGCCCCAGGUAGACGCGAAGCAGUUUCUGUUCAUCAAAUGGGCGCCCCAAUUGGAUAUAUUGUGUCAUCCCAAAGUGAAGCUGUUCUGGACACAUGGUGGUCUGCUGGGCACCACCGAAGGCGUGCAUUGCGGCAAACCGAUGCUGGUAACCCCCAUCUAUGGCGAUCAGUUCGUGAAUGCGUUCGCUGUUCUAAAUCGCGGCAUUGGCUUAAAGCUGGACUAUGACCAAAUCAAUGUGGAGAAUUUGCAAGAGGCGCUGCAGCAGCUAUCGCAGCCCAGCUUUGCAACACGUGCUCAGAAAUUGGCGCACAUUUUCAAUGAGCGGGAACGCACACCAUUGGAGACCGCCAUUUGGGCGCUGGAGCAUGUAAUGGAGCACGGACUCUUUGGAGCCGAACUGUUGCGCUCCCCAGGCGUAGAGCUGAAUUGGUUUGUCUACAAUUCAUUGGAUAGCAUUUUUCUGCUGCUGACCGUAUUGGUGUUGGCGCCGCUGUUGCUCGUUUAUAGUUGCCGCUGGACGUGUGGCUGCAAGAAGCAGAGCACACAGCAACAAAAACGCAAGUCGAAGCGGGCCUGAAGUGUGCGUGCCUAUAUUUAAAAUAUAUAUAUAUUACACUAUAAUUUGUGCUGAAAGUCAAUGGAACAAAGGUAAAUAAAUAUACAGAUCUUAUUACUUAAUGCA